AUGCAAGGUCGUUGGAGGUUGCUGCUGUGGAUCGUCGCUGCCACUCAUCGGGAUGUUGCGACCGCUACUCUCGUCUCUUCAGUUUCCGACGCCGCACCACCCUCUUAUUCCAUUGUUCGUCCGCCGCCACAUCCCAUGCCGCCUUGCUGCUGUCGCUGUUGGCUUUCUGACGAGAAGAAGAAGUCGAGAAUCGGAGCACCACAGUCGCAAUCGCUGGUUCGUUUCACCGGUCUUUUCAUUGCCGCCGUCAUCCUCCUCCAUGUUCGAAGUAUAUAUGUAUGGCAGCCGCCAUCAUCGGAAGAUCUCCAGCAGCCACCCUCACCUCUUCAACUUCCAGCCGCCGGAGCCAAUUCCCCUACGCCGGAAAGUAAGCAAGGUCGUUGGAGGUUGCUGUGUGGAUCGUCGCUGCCACUCAUCGGGAUGUUGCGACCGCUACUCUCGUCUCUUCAGUUUCCGACGCCGCACCACCCUCUUAUUCCAUUGUUCGUCCGCCGCCGCAUCCCGUGCCGCCUUGCUGCUGUCGCUGUUGGCUUUCUGACGAGAAGAAGAAGUCGAGAAUCGGAGCACCACAGUCGCAAUCGCUGGUUCGUUUCACCGGUCUUUUCAUUGCCGCCGUCAUCCUCCUCCAUGUUCGAAAAAACGAAAAUCACUGAUUGUGCGAUCACCAAAAAAUCCGCUCCUGCAAUUGCUUUACUUAAUGAAUCGAAGAAGAACGAUAAAUCUAUGAUCUCCUUCUUACUGGAACUGAUAUAUUAGUUGGAGAUCCAUUACGGAGAAUUGGGGUAUGUUUUGUCAUUGAAAAUCUGUUUCUUUUUUUUUUUUGUAUUAAAUAUUAUG